CUCUAAGAAAUACAAUAUGUAUUGCUCAAACAGUAUUGAUUUUCAUUUUACUUUGUAUAUAAAUUGUUGGAAAACCGACAAAUAAUCAUUCUUCGAACAACUGUAUUCUACAGACAAUCAAGUACCUACAAAAUAUCAACAUGAUCCAUAAGCUAGCAGUCCUCUCCGGGUUGGUGAUAUCCGCAUCCUGCAUGCUGCUGCAUCAGCCUCGUAUACCAUUCGCUGGAGUACAACCUUCAUACUACGACUCGAAUCCCAACUACAACUUUGCUUACGAAGUCAACGAUGCCCACACUGGUGACAUUAAAAGCCAACAUGAAAGCAGACGAGGCGACACUGUUCUAGGACAGUACUCCUUGCUCCAACCUGAUGGCAUCCGAAGAACGGUAGACUACAGAGCUGAUGACCAUACCGGCUUCCAAGCCACUGUGAACAAUGAUGGAAGAGCGGCCGGCCAUGCUCAAACAGUAAGCAAUGAUAUCGGGAGAUAUCCCAACCUUGCUGUCCAGUCGUACAAUGCCUACCCUCCCCCAACUGCCCACCCUUCCUCAGCACCCAUUCCAGUAGCCUACUCCAGGUCUUCAUUCUCUCAAACCAUUUCUCAUGGAUCUGCUGCCUUAGCCCAUAACCCCUGGCCGUAAAUGAAGAAUUAAUUUAGAACAAGUGGCUUAUGAAACGGACUCCGAUGUUGCAUUUAUAUUUUAAGCUGUGUAAUAUUUUCGCUAUGAAUAUCUAUUGGAGUGACUAAGAAGUAAUGUACUAGACCGGACCUAGUUAGCCUUGUUAUUAUAUUGUGGUCAGUAUUCAAAAGGAAAUUAGCUUGUGUCCGACCGGAAUCUUAAUUAAACGAACACUCUUUAGCAGUUUUAUAUAUAUCCUGUAAUGUAUAAUGUAUGUAUUUUUUGUGAAAUAAUAAAAGCUGUAUAAUUUGCCAA